UUUGGUAUUAAUCUACUCAAAUUUGAAAGUACAUAUGUAAUUUAUGUAAACCAAAACUUGUUUGAACAAUAAAAUGUGAGCACAGUCCCAAAAUAAGUCUUUCUAGAACCCCAAUUGAAUAAGUUACAUGUAAAGGGGUCCAGUGAGUGAAUUAAAAAAAAAGCACCAAAUUUCCAUUAGUGACGCAAUGCACACCAUUUACGUAACGGAACGAUACUUUCUUCAAGGAAUUUGACAUAGUGUAUUUUUAAAUUUAAAAGUUGGUUGUCAUUGUUCUGUCAUGUUUGAUGUUUUCGAUCAGUCAUGAACCUUUCAUCAGUGCCAACACAUUGUUUUUGUUUGCGCUUUGAAACUUUUCAUAACUCCUGGUAUUUUUUUUGUUGCAGAUUAAAUAUUUAUUUCUGAAGAGAACAUUUAAGAAUAUAAAGAAGAAAUAUGUGGAGGUGCAAAUUCAGAAGUGAUUGGCUUCACAGGGUUGCCACUCGUCUGGAAAACCGGGAAAACCGGGAAUUGUCAGGAAAUUUGAAAGCUGUCAGGGAAAUCAGGGAAAUGUCAGGGAAUUAGGAAAAGAGUAGUCAAAUGUCAGGGAAUUUAAUGGUUAGUGGUUAGCUCUCAAUUCGGGCGUAUAUUCCAGAAACACAGAUUUGGGUAUUUAUUUUGUAAAAUUUGCAUGUUUGUAAUACCAAAAUAAAUAACUUUACCGGAAUAAUUAUGCAACUCGUGUAGUGUUUGUUCUGAAAACUUAUUUUUAUUUGAUCUACUCCGAUUUCGACCGUGCCUACGACAACAUUUUCGAAAACUCAGAAUCGAUUGUACAAGUGUUCAUAUUCCAUUUUCGAUUGUUUCAGUAUAUUGACUAUCGAAUGUGAUAUAAAAAUGGCGACCGCAUCUUUGAUUGUAGUGAUGUGCCCGUGGUUUUGUAUUGAUUAAUUAAAGAAAAGAGUUCCUAAGAAGAAAACGUGAAAAGAUGUCACUCUCAAAGUCCAGACUUACUGAGUUUAAUGAUGGCUGGCUUUGUGAUCAACGGUUUCAGCCAUGGCUUCAAAAGGUUGAGAAAGACAAGCAUGUCUUCUUCUGCUCUUUGUGUCGGAGCACUCUCAGUUUAAGCAACAUGGGAAAAAGAGCAGUUACAAGUCAUCUCAAUGGUCAGAAACAUAAGUCUCGUUCUCGGGUAAAUAGUGAAUGUGAUCUGAGAAUUUUUCUAAAAAAAAGUAACGCUGAUGCAAGUACUAGUUCUCAGGAGUCUUCAAGAUUUAGUCAAUCUGAGGAAAGUUUGCAAGAGAAUAAAUGUGCAAAAGAUGUUAAUGAAAGUGAAAAUUUGUCAUUCUUAAAUACAAAAGAAAUUGUCUCCCAACAGUCUGUUACGUCUCGUCCAUUGCAGUCAUUCUUAUUGAAAAAUGAAAAUACCAAAGCCGAUAUAUUAUGGUGCCUUCUAGUUGUAAUGAAUCAUUGGUCAGUGAAUUCUGCAGGGAAAGCUGUUCAAGUUUUCAAAGCUAUGUUUAGUGAUAGUUCAAUAGCCAUGAACAUGCGUCUUCAACGCACAAAGAUUUCAUACACCAUAGUUUAUGGUUUAGCUCCAUAUUUUCACAAGGAGUUAUUGCAAGAAAUUUCUCAGUGUGAUUUCUUUGUCAUUUCUUUUGAUGAAUCACUUAAAAAAAUUGCCCACAAAGAACAGAUGGACAUUGUCAUUCGCUUUUGGAGCAAAUCUAAGGACACUGUAAGUACACAUUAUUUCACUUCAGUUUUUUUGGGUCAUACAACUGCUGCUGACCUUAUACGAUCUUUUAAAGAGGCAGUAUCAGAACUAGACUUACGAAAGCUAAUGCAAUUAUCCAUGGAUGGGCCAAAUGUGAAUAUUAAGUUUUUGGCAGACUUAAAAGCAGACUUGAACAGAGACCCUUCAGAUCAUGUGAUAAUGGAAAUUGGCUCGUGUGGGUUGCAUACUCUUCACAAUGCUUUUAAGGUCGGAAUGAACAGUUGUGAAUGGAAAAUUUUUCAUUUUUUGCAUGCUAUUUACAACUUUUUCAAGGAUCGGCCUGCAAGAAGGAGUGACUACACAAUGUUUUCUGGAUCAACAAAAUUUCCAGUUAAAUUUUGUAAUGUGAGAUGGCUUCAGAACUUUGAGGUUGCACAGAGGGCCCUUGAAAUUAUUCCCAACUUGAAGAAGUAUGUAGAGGGAGUUAAGGAAAAUAAGAAGGAACCAGUUAUGUCUGGUAGCUAUGCAGCAAUGGUAGGAGGUAUACGUGACAAAUUGAUGCCUGCUAAAUUAGCUUUCUUUUGUUUUCUUGUGAAGGUAAUAGAAGACUUCUUGGAGAGGUACCGGUGA